UCUUAGUAUACGGGACUAGUUUCAACACGUUUGUAAAGCUCGGGGAAUCGUGCAAUUUCUCUGCAAUCUCGGCUCUGUUGCACUCGCAUUUGUUAACGUCCAUUGUCUUAGAAGGUGCAGACUACUACAAUCAUGUCCUAUGAUGCAGUUGCAACAGUAGACGACAAGUUACCAGACGAACUCCAAAAAGAGAAUGAUUCUGAUUCGGACGACGAUGACGACGAUGAUUCAGGAGAUGAAGCUGGAGAUGGGUUUCCAGAUGGUGAGCCUUCACAGAGUCUGACAGGAGAGGAAAGCACGAGUAAAGCGAAACAGAGUCGCAGUGAGAAGAAGGCCCGUAAAGCCAUGUCUAAGUUGGGUCUGCGGCCGUUGUCGGGCAUCAACAGAGUGACCAUUCGCAAGGCAAAGAACAUCCUCUUCGUCAUAAAGAAUCCCGAUGUCUACAAGAGUCCGGGAUCGGACACUUAUGUUGUGUUUGGAGAAGCGAAGAUUGAAGAUAUGGCACAGCAAGCACAAAUGCAGGCUGCCGAAAAGUUCAAGGCCGUAGAAGCGACGGCACAUAGUCAACCCGGUGAAGCUGCCCUUAAUCCAGCAGCAGCCGAAGAAUCAGACGAUGAAGAGGUGAGCGACGAAGGUGUAGAGGCUAAAGAUAUUGAAUUAGUCCAGCAGCAGGCAAACGUAUCACGGUCGAGGGCGAUCAAGGCACUGAAGAAUAACGCGAACGAUAUCGUAAACGCUAUAAUGGAACUAACCAUGUAGCAGUGGGGUAAGGUUUGCUAGGUAACGUUCAGAAUACAGAUCAGCACAGUCCUACUUUAUUAGCAGUGUGGACAGAUAGGAGAGUGGAAUUAACAAUUUGCUGCAUUUUCAUGAUCACCAUUUGUAAUACUUCCGAGUGACACAGUAAUUGUUAGUCCACACGGGUGGGAUUGAAUCUAUGUGUGGUGUUUAGUCAUUGUUAUUUUAACAGAUUAAUUAUUAAAUGUAAAAUCUAGGUAGUACUGUA